AGUAAACAGCGUAUGUGUUGUGAUCCAUAUGGAAUAGGGAAACGUGUGUUGUUGGUAUAAACAUUAUAGUAUGGGUAAAGCUAAGAAAAUAAAACUUGGGAGAAGAGCUCCGAAGGUAGCUUUAGACAAGCAGAUUGAAGAGGACCAGUUUGCUAAACCAAGUAAUCGUACGAAAACUAGGGUUCGGAAGGACGAAGACGAAAAUUUUGUUGAAGCUAACCUGUCACAGAAAAUUCUUCAACAAGCACGAGAACAGCAACAAGAGCUUGAAGAAGAUGCUGGGACUGCAUCAAAGAAAAAUCCUAUUUUGCCAAAACUUGGAAAUGAUGCAACAGAAGAAUCAGCUGAUGAAAUUGACUCUGAUGAUGACUUGUCUGUGGCAGAUUAUUCAGAGAUAAAAGUGGAUGAAAAUGAUGUUGAAGAUUACGAGAGAUUUAUGAACAAAAAUCCAGAGCCACAACGAACACUAGGUGAUGUAAUUGCAGAAACAAUAGCUCAGAAGCAAACUGAGUUGCAGACCCAGUUUUCAGAUGCAGGAAGUAUUCUUAUGCAAGAUCUAGACCCAAGACUCAGACAGAUGUAUGAAGGUGUAAGGGAUGUGCUUUCCAAAUAUCGUUCUGGCAAGCUCCCCAAAGCAUUCAAGAUAAUACCUCAUCUUCGGAACUGGGAACAAAUACUUUAUAUAACAGAUCCACCAAAGUGGAGUGCUGCAGCCAUGUACCAAGCAACUCGAAUAUUUGCUUCAAAUUUGAAGGAGAAAAUGGCACAACGUUUUUACAAUUUGGUCUUGCUACCUCGCAUUCGUGAUGACAUAUGUGAAUACAAACGGUUGAAUUUCCAUUUAUAUCAAGCUUUGAGAAAGGCCUUAUUUAAACCCGGAGCUUUUAUGAAAGGCAUGCUUUUGCCUUUGUGUGAGAGUGGAACGUGCACCUUGAGGGAAGCCAUAAUAUUUGGCUCUGUCAUAGCUCGUAAUUCCAUACCUAUACUGCAUUCUUCAGCAGCUAUUCUUAAGAUUGCAGAAAUGGAUUACAAUGGUGCCAAUUCCAUAUUUUUAAGAAUAUUUUUGGAUAAAAAGUAUGCUCUACCAUAUAGAGUUGUUGAUGCUGUUGUAUUUCACUUCCUAAGGUUUGAGCGUGAUCGCCGUGAGCUGCCAGUCCUAUGGCAUCAAGCUCUGCUAACUUUUGUUCAGCGCUAUAAAGGAGACAUAAGCUCAGAACAAAAAGCAGCUCUUCUUGGACUGCUACGACAUCAAAGUCAUCCGAGUAUCACUCCCGAAGUGCGGCGGGAACUUCAAGCUGCCCGCUGCCGUGAUGAAGAGGUGGCAGAACCUAUGUUGUAGAACUGGACUUCACAACUACGGUUGUUUGCUGUAUAAGUUCCGGAAUUAUAAUACAACUGUAUACAUUGUACAUAAGUUUUCUCAUUAAAUGGGGCAUUUUUUCCAAAAUGCCAAAUCAGUGAAA